GCUUACAUCUCCUAUUGGACUUUACAGAUGCAGAUCUUCGUUAAGACCCUCACCGGUAAGACCAUCACUUUGGAGGUCGAGAGUUCAGACACAAUCGACAACGUGAAGGCCAAGAUCCAAGACAAGGAAGGAAUUCCCCCGGAUCAGCAGCGUUUGAUUUUCGCUGGUAAGCAGCUCGAGGACGGCCGUACUCUUGCCGAUUACAACAUCCAGAAGGAAUCUACUCUCCAUCUGGUCCUUCGCUUGAGGGGAGGCAUGCAGAUCUUCGUUAAGACCCUAACCGGUAAGACCAUCACCUUGGAGGUCGAGAGUUCAGAUACGAUCGACAAUGUCAAAGCCAAGAUUCAAGACAAGGAGGGCAUUCCCCCUGACCAGCAGAGGCUUAUCUUCGCUGGGAAGCAGCUUGAGGACGGUCGCACUUUGGCGGAUUACAACAUUCAGAAGGAGUCGACCCUUCACUUGGUGCUCCGUCUCAGGGGAGGAAUGCAGAUCUUCGUGAAGACCCUCACUGGCAAGACAAUUACACUGGAGGUGGAGAGUUCAGAUACGAUUGACAACGUGAAGGCGAAGAUACAGGACAAGGAGGGAAUCCCACCUGAUCAGCAGAGAUUGAUCUUUGCUGGGAAGCAGCUUGAGGAUGGUCGCACAUUGGCUGAUUACAACAUUCAGAAGGAGUCGACCCUUCAUCUUGUGCUGCGUCUCAGGGGAGGAAUGCAGAUCUUCGUGAAGACCCUCACUGGCAAGACUAUUACACUAGAGGUGGAGAGUUCGGAUACGAUUGACAACGUCAAGGCGAAGAUACAGGACAAGGAGGGAAUCCCACCUGAUCAGCAGAGAUUGAUCUUUGCCGGGAAGCAGCUCGAGGAUGGUCGCACAUUGGCAGAUUAUAACAUACAGAAGGAGUCGACCCUUCACCUUGUGCUUCGUCUGCGCGGUGGAAUGCAGAUUUUCGUGAAGACACUCACUGGGAAGACUAUUACAUUGGAGGUUGAGAGUUCGGAUACGAUUGACAAUGUGAAGGCGAAGAUUCAAGACAAGGAAGGUAUCCCUCCUGACCAGCAGAGGCUCAUCUUCGCUGGUAAACAGCUCGAGGAUGGGCGCACACUCGCUGACUAUAAUAUUCAGAAGGAAUCAACUCUUCACCUUGUCCUUCGUCUCCGUGGUGGUUCUGACUUCUGAGUGGAGUGUUUAGAUGAUCCCCUUUUGCGACAAUAAUUCUUCUAGUCUGCUUUCUUUUUCUUCUUUUAUGGUUUAAGGACAGUUUUA